AUGAUACCACACUAUUGCCCGUUGUUGAAAAGUGUUGAGCUUGCCUUUGAGAUCAUGACUGUGGGUGUUUCCUAUACGGAUCGCAACACUGGGUCUGAAGAUGUUGUGGUUACAAAGACUUCUGUUUACAUGGACGAUUGGGAAGAAUUUAGCGACGUUGCGUUCGAGGAUUUUCAUCCUACUUUACGGCAGCAUCAUACAACACUCGAGCACAUCGAAUGA